CUUGAAAGUUAAAACCACUCAUGUUCGUCCCAAUCUAUGCCACCCUCAUUAAUCAAACUUGAACAGGAUAAUUACAAUGGAAGUAGAGAUCAAGCUUCGUCUCUCAGACUCAGCCACUCACCAGAAACUCUCAAACUUGCUUGCACCCUUCCACACCAGAACCUUAAUCCAAGAAAACAUAUUCUUCGAUGGUUCAAACAAAGAACUCACUUCUAACCUCGCUGUUCUCCGAAUCCGCUUCUACAACAUGGAGGAACACUGUGUCCUCUCCUUGAAGGCAAAGCCUGUGAUCUCAGCGGGAAUAAGCUGCAUGGAGGAGCAUGAAGAGCCAUUAGACCCUUCACUUGCUCGUGCAUGCAUUGCUGAGCCAUGGAGACUCUUAUUCGUGGAUUCCUCCAAGAUACUGAAAAGGGUGAGGGAUGAGUAUCGUGUUGGAGAAAAUGGGUUGGUGUGUCUAGGUGGGUUUAGGAAUGUGCGGGCUGUGCAUGAGUGGAAAGGGUUGAAACUUGAGCUUGAUGAGACUAACUAUGAUUUUGGGACGAGUUAUGAGUUAGAGUGUGAGAGUGUUGACCCUGAGAGAGACAAGAAAUUGCUCGAGGAGUUUCUUCAAAGGAAUGGAAUUAAUUAUUCGUAUUCUCAAGUUUCUAAGUUUGCUGUCUUUCAGUCUAGGAAGUUGCCUGAAUCAGGACGUAUUUAG